ACUGGCUUGCCUUUUCCCGUUUUUCCAUUUGGGUGAAAUUUUUAUGUUUGGAAUUGCGGAAGCAAAGAUAUAGGAAAUUUCAAUCCCUCAUCGUUGCAUGCAGUUUACCGCCUCACCACCGCUGUCGGACCUUACCGCCAGCCGAAUCGCGCAAACGCCGCCGUCGAUCGGACCUUACGCCAGGUAGUCAAAUGAGAUUGACAGAGGCCAGAAAGAACAAUAUAAAAUAGAGAAAUGCGUUUUUCAGCUGGAAUAGUUUCUUCUCCGGUAUAGGUUUUGUGCGCGCUUCUUCGGCGAACCUCCUUGUAGAUUGGAGGUAUCCAAUUCGUGGUAUACUCAAAACUUUUGGAUCUUGAAUCUACGAAAUCAGAUCUAAUUGAAGCCAAUCAGUGCGAACUCUGUUUCAUUUUCGAUAAGAAUUUGUUGGUUUGAACAAAGUCAUCAAUACUGAAACCAAUUUCGGCUAAUUUUUUUCUUGUUGGAGUUGGGCAAACGGUCUCCUUACUCGGAGCUUGGGAUUCGAAAUUUUCAGGUUUCACAAUCAAGUUUCUAUAUAGAUGAGGCUGUUGCAUUUCGCCUUUGUGCUUGCUUUAGCUUCUGGAUUUGCGGCUAUUCUCAUAUACAUUAAUGGUGUUUCCUACCUAUAUGGUAAUUAUCAACUUUCCGAUGAGGAUUAUGAAGCUCUGCAAUCCCUUCAGAGCAGUUUCCAGAAGUGUGUGAGUGCAAAUGGAUUAGGUCUACAAGCUGUUGGUGGUGAAGAUUAUUGCCUAGUUACAAUGAGGUUUCCUCAAGAAACCAUUCCCAAAUGGAAAGAUCCUAAAACUGGUGAACUUGAAGGCUUAUCAUAUGAAUUUAAUCUCUGCGAAGCUGUGGCUACUUGGGAACAGGUGCGGAACAGUACUACCAUACUGACCAAUGAGUACAUUGAUGGCUUGCCAAAUGGAUGGGAGGAGUACGCCUGGCGUAGGAUUAACAAAGGAAUUCUUCUUAAUAGUUGUGCUAAUAGAACUUUGUGCAUGGAGAAACUUUCCUUAGUACUUCCUGAAACGCCACCAUAUGUUCCAAAGCAAUAUGGUCGUUGUGCUGUUGUGGGAAAUUCUGGAGAUCUCUUGAAAACCAAAUUUGGGAAGGAGAUAGAUGGUUUUGAUGUUGUUAUCAGGGAAAAUGGGGCCCCUAUCCAGAACUACACAGAUCAUGUGGGUAAGAAAAGUACCUUUCGUCUUCUUAAUAGAGGAUCUGCAAAAGCUUUGGAUAAAGUCGUGGAGUUAGAUGAAACAAGAAAGGAGGUUUUGUUGAUCAAAACAACAAUUCACGAUAUCAUGAACAAGAUGAUUCAGGAGAUACCCAUAAAAAAUCCUGUUUAUCUCAUGCUUGGUGCUUCAUUUGGUUCUGCCGCAAAAGGAACUGGGCUCAAGGCUCUUGAGUUUGCUCUCUCCAUAUGUGACUCUGUGGAUAUGUAUGGCUUCACUGUUGAUCCUGGUUAUAAAGAAUGGACAAGAUACUUUUCAGAAUCUCGUCAAGGUCACACACCUCUGCAUGGUAGGGCAUAUUACCAGAUGAUGGAAUGUUUGGGUCUUGUCAAAAUCCAUUCUCCAAUGCGACCUAAUCCGAACCGGGUGGUGAAGUGGGUACCAAGCCAAAAGAUGGUUACUGCUGCUAGAGUUGCAUCUGAGAAACGAUUGAGGAGGGUUGGAGCAGGUUCUAAAGACCCAUUGGCUUCGUGCUCUAUCAUAAAAAAGCGUAUCAGAAGCAAGCCUAUGUCAAUUUCAAGCCUACGCAAGCCUGCCGCUGCUCAUCAAAAAUUUGUGAGAGGCACAACCAUGUACCCUUUGGAGCAUAGUCCUGGUCAUGGUCUUCUUUGCACAGUGCCGCCAAAUUGAAUCAAUUAAUUGUAUGUUGAAGUUCAUUUGGAACCAGACGUGGUUGCAGUGGAGCAUUGAAAUACAAGAAGGGAUUAUUCAUUUUUGCAAGGUACAAAAAUUCCGCAUGCCAAUCCCGGAUUCUUGAAACUUGUGGAUACUCUCAGAAUCCGUGCAUUCUUGAAUUGAAUCCUUCUCCUUAUAGCAAUACCAUGAUAAUUCAUCUGCUGCGACUGCAUCAAAAGUUAGUGGUUAUCUUUCACCCAUUGUUCGUGCAAAAUUUUGUUCAAAGAGUAAUUACAACUGCCCUUCAUCAUUCAGGUUGUUCUUGCUCGUCAGAGGAACAAUGUUUUUCUCCCGUGAAGUCUGGAUUGGUGAGGUGAGUGUAUCUUGACAUAGAUAUUGAUAUUAUGAAUUAAUUUUGACUUCUCCACAUCAUAUUGAGUGGUUUAUGAUCUGUUACUUCAAAUAUUUCUGCGAAGCUUUUGAUAUAGUUAGAUCUAAAUCUUAGGGUACGUUGUUAAGAACUUAAGCGUAAGCUUGAGAGAGAGUCAAUGAGAUGAGGACGUUGUGGUUUUCCAAA